AUGUUCUUUUCGGGAUUCCAUGUUCUCGUUAUAUCCAUCGUGAUAGCCAUUCUCUAUCGUCCCACCCACUCUGGCGGCCCUUUCAAACGUGAAUCGACUCGGCCUCAGCGCGUUCUCCUUGUCACCGCACACCCCGACGACGAAUGUCUCUUUUUUGCCCCAACUAUAUUCGGUCUCGCAAAUGGCUCACAGCUAGAUGACGCUUCCCAAGACGGGAGUAUUGGGCAAAACAAUGAAAAUGAACUGUUCUCGCUGUGUUUAUCUGUGGGAGACGCCGAUGGCUUGGGUCAUAUUCGCAAAGAGGAAUAUGAGAAAAGUCUGGAUGUUAUGGGAAUUAAGGAUACGAAUAGGAUUGCUUUGGACGAUCCAUACCUUCAGGAUAGCAUGGAAGUAUCAUGGGACAUAGACUACAUCGCAGACGUGGUGGCAGACUUUGUCAUGCACCAUAACAUAACUACGAUAUUGAGCUUCGACCAAGGCGGUGUUUCCGACCACCCAAACCACAAAAUAAUACCCUUCGGAAUUCAACGCAUGAUAUCAGCAUAUCCCGUGUACCCUCCUCCCAAGUUCUACGUGCUUAUCACUGUCCCUCUUUCUAUCAAGUACGUCGGUAUACUCGCGCCUCUGGUCGCGAAAUUUGACUUGUACGCGAUGAACAUGCUGCAUUCUGCCGAAGACCGCCUCUCGUGGAGUAUGGAAUAUUUUGGUUACCCUUACACAACUAGCGCUGUAGGUGCAAAGCGCAAUCGAGGAAAAACGUUGCCAUUCUUUGUUGCCGGUAUCAAUGAUUAUUUGGCUGCGCUACAGGCGAUGCGUCAGCAUUGGAGUCAAUUGGUUUGGUUUAGGUGGUUAAAUGUUAUGUUCUCAAGGUAUAUGUGGGUCAACGAGUGGGCAGAGGUCAAAAUGCAGGCUCCAGAUAGUUAUGCAAUACCAUAG